GGCGAGUCGGCACACGGAUCCAGUUGUUCCGUCACCUGAGGACGCUGUGCGUGAAGCCGAAGGAAGAGCUUAUCGGGGAGUUUGAAGGACUCUUCACUUACUCAUGCUCUGCCAAAACAAGAGAAAAUCCGGUGUUGGAAAGACUGAGAAAGAUGGCAGACUUGGCAACUGAACCAUUUGGCACUGUGAACUGGAUAGUCUGUGUUAUCCUUCUUUUGGUAUCCAUUUUGGUGGGCCUCUUCUGCUCUCUCAGAGGAAGAGGUACCAAUGCAUUUGAAGAUUACCUCUUGGGAGGUCGUCAGAUGUCCACCCUUCCAGUUGCGUUGUCCCUCAUAGCCAGUACCAUCUCUGCGAUCUCCAUGUUAGGUCUUGCCUCCGAGAUGUAUUUCUAUGGAACCCAGUUUGCACUCAUCUUGGUUGGGUCAUUAUACGGCACGUUUUUCAUCCAGUUGUUGAUGGUUCCCAUCCUGUAUCCUCUGGACAUCAUAUCUAUCAAUGAGUACAUCACACUGAGGUUUGGAUCCCAAGGACUGAGGAAGCUGGCAUCGGUAACUGUCGUGAUUAAGAACAUGAUAUACAACGGGAUCUGUCUAUACGCCCCGUCCCUCACCCUGUCUACAGUAACAGGGCUUCCCAGUCACUACUCCAUCACCAUCAUGGGCCUCAUCUGUGCAUUCUAUAUUACCAUCGGUGGCGUCAAAGCCAUAGUGUACACAGAUGUCGUACAAUCUAUAUUGAUGUUUCUUGGGAUCAUAACGACUGUGGUUAUCUGUGUUCUGGAUUUAGGCGGGCUGAACAAUGUCUUCUCCACAGCAAGUGAAGGUGGAAGGAUGGAGUUUUUCAACAUUGACCCAAGUCCCUACGUGCGAUACACGUUCUGGUCUGUCCAGGUCCAGGGCUUCUACAUUAUGAUUUCUUGGCUGGGAGUCACUCAGCUGAGCUACAUGAGGCUCUCGUCUGUACCGUCUCUUGGUAAAGCCAAAAGAUUGUGCUCCUAUUACUUCCUGGGUCUAUGUCUUCUGUGGCUGACCUUCUUCUUCUCUGGCAUUGUGGCCUACGUGACCUACAGCGACUGUGACCCGCUGACCUCCGGGAGAAUAGACGAACCCGACCAGAUUCUGCCCUACUUGGUGGUCCACAAGAUAUCCCACGUGCCCGGCAUGGCCGGACUCUUCGCUGCAGCCGUCUACAGUGGCAUGCUUAGCUCUUCGUCAACAGUCGCGAAUUCUUCAGCAUCUCUGAUCUGGGAGGAUUUCCUAAGUGAAAUUAAAUUCUUUAAAGGAUUUUCGAAUAUAAUGGCAACUAGGAUGCUUAAGUUUCUCUCUGCUGUGAUUGGAGUGUCAGCCAUCGGCUUUGCGAUGCUUGUGGAGCAGCUCGGAAGCAUCGUAGCGGUGACAAACAGCAUCUUGAAUGCCAUUGGUGGGUCCAUGACGGGUAUUUUCAUUGCUGGCAUGUUUGCCCCUUGGGUUAAUAUGAAGGGGGCAUAUGCAGGGUUCAUCACGGCGUUAUCCUUCAACAUGUGGCUCCUGAUUGGGCAGUUCAGCACCGGUCGCGGACAACCAGAGAUGCUUCCCUUAUCAACCGAAGGCUGCCCAGAAAGUCUGUACCAGAUUAAUUCGUCUUCAGUGCUUUUACUUGAUUCCCCAACAGCAAAUGUGUCAUAUUCAACUAAAAUGUCUGAAUACGAACUGCAUAAAGAGGAAACGGAGAAAAAUAUCUAUGACUUGAGUUACUGCUACACAGGAGUCAUUGGAUUGACUAUAUACUACAUAGUGGCCUCCUUCAUCUCUGUCCUGACAGGUCCCCUAAGUCCCUCUGCCGUCGACGCUCAACUGAUUCAACCCAGGUGUUUGGAACUAUACAAGCGCCUCUGGGGUUUCUUCAAAGAUUCUUCUUCCGAAGAAAAUGGAAGUGUCCAAAGCAAUAACUUCGGCUUCAUUGAAACGAAGGUCGAAAUUGGACUCCAAACAGCUCCUAGCAUCUCUAAAUAACAUUCUUCAACAUCUCAAAUAGAAAAAGAUAUUUUAUUCGUAUGGGUAUGUUUAUGAAUUAA